CAUUAGAGGACAAAAAUCUUUGUCAGAAGUUUAUUUGACUGGAAACAAAGCUGAACUUGAAAAUGGAGUACUAAAGUCCUUGGGGAAUCUUUCCAACAUGCAGAUCUUAGAUUUAUCUUACAACAACCUUAGUGGUACCUUACAUAAUGUUUUAGAAAAUCUAGCAGGUUCUGCCAAGAAUUCAUUAGAGACUUUAUAUUUAGAUGACAACCAACUUAGUGGGUCAAUUCUUGAGGAUGCUGAAAACACAUUCCCAUCUCUGAAAGUGCUAGAUCUUGCUAAUAAUCGGUUGGAAGGUACUUUUCCUAGCCACUUGGGUCGAUUUCCAAGUCUUGAAACAUUGCGUUUGUAUGACAACCAACUCACAGGACCAUUACCUGAUCUUUCAUCAAUGCUAAACUUGACAUAUUUUUAUGCAAGUAACAAUAGGUUUAAUGGUACUUCAACUGAGAGUAUUAUUGGUGGACUAUCUCAUCUUGAGUAUUUAGAAGUCUCUUCAAACUCUCUUGUUGGGGUUAUCUCUGAAGUGGACCUAAUUAAGUAUCCCAAAUUGGAGAGUCUAUCUUUUUCCUAUAACUCAGCUUUGAGAUUGAAGUUCAACUCCAAUUGGGUUCCUCCAUUUCAGUUGCAAACCAUAGAACUCGCAUCUUGCAAGUUAGGUCCACAAUUUCCUAGUUGGCUACAAACUCAAUCACAACUCUCCCGUCUUGACAUUUCAGAUAAUGAUAUUUCUAGUGUUGUUCCCAAUUGGUUCAGUAAUAUAUCAUCCGGGUUGCGGCACUUAAAUAUGUCUUUCAAUCUUCUUUAUAGUACCUUGCCACAUUUUCCAUUGAUAGGUGCUCAGAUUACAGUAGUUGAUUUGAGUUUCAAUAAAUUCCAUGGUUCUAUUCCAUCUUCUCUCUCCAAUGCAUCCAAUUUAAAUCUCUCCCAUAAUAAUUUCACUAGUUGCAGCUCCUUUCUAUGUGAAGCAAAAGAUGCGGCAACAGAAUUUCUUGACAUGUCCAAUAAUCAAUUAUUCGGAAGCCUUCCUGAUUGUUGGGGGAAUUUCAACAGUAGUCUAUAUUUUCUGAAGUUAGAUUACAAUGACUUCUCAAGAGAGAUCCCAAGUUCCAUUGGAAGUUUGACAAAUAUUCAAUCUCUACAAUUGGGGAACAACAACUUUUCAGGAGCUUUGCCUUCUACAUUGGAGAACUGUAUUAAUCUGCAAGCUUUGGAUUUUGGAUGGAAUAGUUUGGAAGGAACAAUACCGUCAUGGAUUGGUGAAAGAUUUGCAUCAUUAGUUUUUCUUAAUCUGAAAUCAAAUAAAUUUGUUGGAAACAUACCAUUGAGUCUCUGCCAUCUUUCUUAUAUCCAAAUAUUAGAUCUCUCCUCAAAUGGUUUAAGUGGUGUUAUUCCUUCAUGCCUUGCGAAUUUCACAUCAAUGCUCCACUCAUAUUAUACAUUGACAAAGAUUCAGAUAAUAGACGUGGUUACACUGGAGACCUAAGUCUUUCAUCACACAUUAUUUGGAAAGGAGUAGAAUAUGAAUAUCAAAGUAUUCUUGGUUUGUUAAGACUUAUUGAUUUAUCGAGUAAUAAAUUGACUGGAGAGAUUCCAGCUGAAGUGACGCGUCUUGUGGAAUUGACUCAGUUAAACUUAUCACGGAACGAGUUGAGUGGACACAUUCCUGAAAAGAUUGGGAACUUGGGAAAGUUAGAAUCUUUGGACUUGUCUCAUAACAAGCUUUCCGGUAAAAUUCCCAAAAGCUUGGCGGAAUUAUCUCUUCUGGAUCAUUUGGAUUUGUCAAACAACCAAUUGUCAGGAAAAAUCCCUACAAGCACUCAACUGCAAAGUUUCAAUGCUUCUGCAUAUACCAUGAACCAUGGACUCUUUGUGCCUCCUCUAACCGAUUGGCAUGAAAGCGGAACUUCACCAGAUGGUUUUUUGGCUUCAACUCAUGAUCAAGAAGAUGAAACAUGGUUUAACUUGUCAUGGUUUUAUAAAGGGAUUGGAGUUGGAUUCACUAUUGGAUUUUGUGGAGUUUGUAUCAAUUUUGUGAUAAUAAACUAUUAUUGGAGAAAUUCUUACUUUAUGUUCAUGCAUAGCGUAAGAAAUAUUCUAUCAAAGGGACUGUUGAGGAGAACGCUAGCUUGGAUUGACAGAUCCCUCAGUUGAUGAAGACCAGACUUAGUAGCUGCAAGGAUUCUUAAGAGUUCAAAGUUAGAAAGCCAAAGAACCGGUCAAGCAUGGAGCAUUUGAAUAAUCUGUAUUAUGAAGAAUCCUACUUUUUCAAUCCUUGUUUUUAGUAGCUGAUGCUUUUGACUAUAUAUGUGUUGUGAAAUAAGUUUGUAAACUUUGGUUUUAAUUAAGUAUUUCCAGUAAACUGUUUUCAUUGUCAUGUUUUAAGAAAAAUAAAAUUAAUUAAAUCAAUAUA